AUGACAGAGCAGAUCACCAAGCCCCUGAGACCGGCCCGUUGUCCCGUUCGCUUGAUCCCGUCCCAGGUUGACAAAGAGUCUAUCACCAGCCAGCCAAAGGCUCGAGACAGUCCCCUGAAGCGACUGAGGAGGGAUCUGCGGACCUGUCUUCAGCUGCUCCCGAAGCUUCCAAACAUCUUCCGGCCCUUGUAUGCUCCCAGGCCUACUGACGAACUGUACCUCGGGAAACGGAGCAUACUAAAUGUGGUUGGCUUGGUGCUCGUUUCUGUCCUCGAAGCACUUCUCCUGCUUAUCUCUUGCCUGUCAAUACUGCUGUUGCCAGGAGCCAUUAGCUGUUGCUUAUGUGUGUUAAAUCUCCGAAUAGUGGGUUGGGUCUGCGCCCCCUUCCAUGGGCCAGCCAUUUUCCACGCCGAGUUGGGUCCAAAUAACGCUCGGAAUCCUACUACUAAAGAGGAGCGUUGGAUAUUUAUCAAUGGGGUCGUAGUAACGCAGCUCGCCCAGAUAUUUCAGCGGCCUAUCACGGGUAUCCAGAACCGCACUUAUGGCCUUUUUGGGGACUUGCUUGAGUGCAUCAUCCAGCGGACGUUCUCGUAUAAUACUUACGACGCUCGAGUCGCAUACGACUACCUCAAGAAAGUACUAGUCGACCCAUGCACCCAGAGAGUUGUCCUAAUAUGCCAUUCCCAGGGCGCCAUCGUCGGUUCGUUGGCGUUGGACAUGCUGUUCGCAGAUCUGCCGGCGAAGCAGAUGGCUAAACUUGAGAUAUAUACCUUUGGAUCAGCCGCAGAGCAUAUCAGCAAUCCUUUGAACAAUGCUGGUACCGGAGGGGUGAUUAAGUACAUUGAACACUAUGUUAACAAGAAUGACCCCAUUCCUCAGUGGGGGGUUCUGCGUAGUAUGAAUGACGUCAAGGACAAGUACGCUGGGCGGGUAUUCAUCUGCGAGAAUGGCCGUGGGCAUCUGUUUAACCAGCACUAUCUAUCCCAGAUGUUCCCUCUUGGAGGGGAAACGGCAUCCAGCGAGACAUGCUUCCUCAACCAGUCCGUUCAAGUCGACGAAGGAAUCACCGAGGCUCGCCACCUACUUGUCUGCCAGGAGACUAACGGGUUGACUCCCAACGACGACAGCCCUUCGAGCCCAAGUGGAACCGCAGCCAGGGGAGCGAUUGGCUUUUUAACGGGGAUGCUAGUCAGGGAAGUGAGCAGGCUGAGCCAGUAUAUGGCAGGGAGGGAGCCAGAUGUCGACCAUCCACAUGAGAAGCGAGACAGUAAAGGUUAUCCAGUCAACUAG